AUGGAACCCCUCUACAUAGAAGAGCUUCGGUCAAUGGUGGGCGAGUUAAUGCUUCGACUUGAGUCCGUGCCCGUCACAAAAGGCGCUGGGGGCUUUCAAAAAUUCAAGAAACAGGGACGAAACCACACUGGUAGUCUCAGCUUACGCGACCACAGCGAGGAUGUUCCGGAUAUUAACGUCAAUAAACUCGACAUUCAACUGACCUUCAAUCUCGAGAUCGUGGUGAUACAAGUCAAAAACCUUAAGCACCUCCCGCCUACAAAAAUGGUCUAUUGUACCAUGGAAGUUGAAGGUGGGGAAAAACUCCAAACCGACUUUGCGGAGGCUGGAAAGGCUUCGUGGGGAACCCAAGGCGAUUUCGUAACCAACAGUCCCCUUCCUGUAGUAAAGGUGAAACUUUACGCAGAAGUUUCCAGUCUCCUGAGUCUUGAAUCCGGAAAAGAGCUGGCCCGUGUUGUGAUUAAUCCCAUCUGUAGAAACAAUCGCCAACAAGAGUGGUACAAAAUGCAGUCGUCGAAAAACUGUCCUGACGAAUUGCAGAUGCAACUUGUCAUCCGCAUGGACAAACCCAAUAAUUUAAAAUACUGUGGAUACUGUUAUGCGGUUGGUCGCGCUGCCUUCAGGAAGUGGAAAAAACGGUUCAUAUGUCUGAUUCAGGUUUCGCAGUACACCUUCAUAAUGGCCUCCUACAAGGAAAAGAAGUCCGAACCUUUGGAGGUUAUGCAGCUUGACGGUUUCACUGUUGACUACUGUGAACCUCAGACAGAGCUGAGCACCAUGGGAGGCACCUUUUUCUUCAAUUUGGUAAAAGAGGGUGACAACAUGAUCUUUGCCACCGACGAUGAAAAUGAACGGCAGCUCUGGGUGCAGGCCAUCUAUAGGGCAACGGGGCAAACGCACAAGCCAGUGCCUCCCGCCAAAUCCGCGCUGCCACAGACACAGGCAAAACCCAGUGCCGCCGGCGCUGGUAGAGCAAAUGCUGGGAAGACUGGUAAAAUGGACGUAGAUCGGAUCCACAAACACGGAAUGGAACGAUACAUCGCCCUAGAGCCCUGGCGAAUGCCGCACGCCGAACUCUUCCAGAUUCUGCAGUCCCUCUGCCUGGAGUACCGCAUGAAAGAUCAGUUUGUUUCACUAGGCUGGUUCAAUCCCUCCCAGAUGCUCGUUCUGGACGAAUAUUGUGCUCGCUACGGUGUCCGCGGCUGUCACAGGCAUCUGUGCUACCUCACAGAUCUGUUGGAUAGAGCUGAGCGUGGGAUCAUGAUCGAUCCGGCCUUGAUCCACUACUCCUAUGCCUUCUGUUGCAGCCAUAUUGUCGGCAACACGUAA